UUUGCAGAAGUGUGCGGACUUCGCUCAACAAAUGGUGCAGACCCUGCAGGAUUCCAACUCCCCGCUGAUUCACUCUAGCUCAGAGAGCCGCAGGUGGCAGGUGGACGGCAGAAUGGUCCCGCAUGGAGAAAACUUGAUGUACUAUUUCCCUGAGGUGGACUGCCGGAUAUCUGUGGAGUCCUGGUACAAAGAAAAGGAUCUUUACAAACCCCGUCAGCCCCUCGCACUCAACAUAGAGUCAGCCGGACACUUCACACAGAUGGUGUGGAAGGAUACAAAGAGCGUGGGGUGUGCUAAGACAGAGAAGUACCUCGCCUGUAUCUAUGAGCCGGCAGGAAAUUGGAAGUCGGUUUUCCUGUUCGAAAGGAAUGUCCAGAUGUAGAGAUCCGGAAACUAAACGUAUCUUCAUUGUGGUAAUGAUAAAUCAAGAACCAUGUUGUUUUCCAAAAGAUCCAACUUUCAAUGCACGCAAAGAUGUGUACAUUUUCAUGACAGAAAAAGAUAAUGAUAGGCCACUGUCUAAAUAGUUCUAACAUGAUAAAGAUAAUAACAUCUAUUACGAAAGGAGAUAAUCACUAAGUAUUUAGGUCAAACUAUGGCAAAACCAAGAUAAAAUGAAGUUACUAACAUUAAAAAUCGAUGAACGAUUAUUCACGCACACCUAUGCAUAAGAGAAAUUCAAGACUACAAUGCAAAAUAAU